AUGAGGAUCCAGGCACUGCUCCUGGCACUGCUCUGCCUGUUCCUGACUCCUGUCCCAGGUGACGGCGGCAUCGUGAACGCAGUGAGACGCUACUACUGCCGGCUGCGCGGUGGGCGCUGUGCGCUGGUCAGCUGCCUGCCCAGGGAGGAGCCCAUUGGCAGCUGUUCCUCAGCUGGCCGCAAGUGCUGCCGCAGGAGGAAGUGA